UGGCUCACAUAAAAUGCAUUUUAAGAUGAAACCUGACACACUGAAAACAUCCUGAACAGACUUAUCGCCAACCUUGUUCUGGCUAUUUCCUGGAGUGGAACCAGCAUAGAGUAGAUGUGGUUUGUCCCAGGACAUUGACAUCUACAGUGAUGGGAGAAUAGUGAGUUCUCAUGCUAUCAUCUGUCCCAUGACUGCUUUUUGGUAUUCUAGGAACAUGUCACUACCUGUCACCACUGCCAGGGUCCUAUUGCCAUGAUGUUUCAUUUCUCUUACUAAAGGAAUUUUCCCCAGCUGUAGUUUUGGCUCUAUUCCAACACAACCUUCAAGAGUUUGGUGAGAGAAAUGCCUGGAGAAUGGUCAAGGAGAGGAAUGACUAUAGAAAAAUGAGUAAUAGAAAUUGCUUAAUAAUUGUUUUUAUGUUGAUUUCUUCUAGGUGACAUCAUCCAUCAAUUCUCUUGAGAUCACAAGAGGACAUUACCAGCCCCAAAGUCCAAUCAUUCAGGAAAGAGUUCGCAUUCGAGAGGUGUGUAAGGAAAUCCCUCUCUAUGUACCUCAUCAUUUCCAAAAAGAGGAAAACCAUCCCUUGGGGAUGCCCAAGGAAGACGCUUCUUCCUCACAUAAGCCAAGGGAUGCGGCGUGAAGAGUUCCAAUGGCAAUAGGAAAGUCAGAGAGUUUCCUUGGGAACCUCAGACUGCCCAGAAUGGUCCAGAUCAUGCUGGAGUAGAGACAAAGAGCUGGGCAUCUCUAGCCUUAUCUCCUAAGGAGAGCCAAUGGAAUACAAGCAUUGGAAGUAGGAGAGAAGACAACCAACUGAAAUUGGCUGAGGGGAAAAAACAGUGCUUAAAGAAGUUGGUCCUCACUCAGGAACAAAAGUCUCAGUUGCUGGACUGGGAAGAUGCUAAUGCAGAGAAUCUAAGCCUGGGUGCAGGAGAGGGACCAGAACCAGUGCAUGCAGGAGGUAACGAAAGAGGUGAAGCAUCAAAACUGGCUGACCUAUCAUCCCUUCCUGGGCCAACCAGGGAAGCCUUGUCAGAUCAGAGAGGUGCUUCAGAGGGAGCCUAUGGCCCAGCACUGAAGGCUACAGGGGAGUGGACAGUACGCAGACCCAAAUCCCCUCUACGCCUGAUAGCAAAUGCUAUCAGGAGGUCUUUGGAGCCCUUGCUCCCUAACUCAGAAGGUGGAAAGAAGACCAGUGACUCCAGACCAAAGGCACCUAUGGAGAAUUCAUCUUUGAAUGGCCCCCACCCUAGUGUUCACUCCCAAAACUUAAGGAAAACAAGUUAUAGUAAAGACCAUGAUGUACAGAAACCCAAUCUCAUUUCUUUACUGGUACCUGGGAAGGAGAAAGGGAGCACAGACUCAGCCUUUACACUACAUGAUACUCCUGAGUCACUGCCAGAGGCACAUAGCCUUUUAGAUAGAGCUACCCGGGCUCGCAGUUUGCCCAGUAGGCAGAAGAGACCUAUGACCUUACCCUCUGUCAAGGUAGAAGAUGUCUCUGACAAAGUUAGACUAAACGAGGUGCUAUUAGGGAGACCUUUGGAUCAGUCCAAUGCCCUGACAAAGAAGAGCAGUCUCUUUUCUUCCUUUAGACUCAAAGAAAAAACUAAUGAGAAUCUGGGGGCAAUGACAACAUCAAAGGAUCUCAGCAAUAUCUUUAGUAACCCAGGAGCAAUGGACAUCUGCCAACCUCUAACGAUGUCUUCACAGUCAUGGAAUAAGUCUUCCUUAGGCCAAAUAGAUAUUCCUUUCCCUGGAGAAAACCCAAGCUCCAAGCACCUACCUGUCAGAGCACAGAUGACUGAGUGUUAUUCCUCCUCCUCUUCUGAGACUACCUCCUCCUCAGAUGGUGAAUUUGAACCCAAACCUUCCUUACCACCAAAGGAAAGACGAACACUUAAAAGGAUAAGGAAGAUGGAGAAGGCCUCUAAACAGCUGGCUAAGCAAGAGGAAUUAAAAAGGCUUUACAAGGCCCAGGCUAUCCAGCGUCAACUGGAAGAGGUAGAAGAACGGCAAAGGGCCUCAGAGAUCCAGGGCGUUGAGCUGGAGAAGGCGCUGAGGGGAGAGUCAGAUUCAGGCGCACAGGAUGAGGCACGGCUCCUGCAUGAAUGGUUUAAGCUGGUCCUGGAGAAGAAUAAAUUAAUGCGAUAUGAAUCCGAGCUCUUGAUCAUGGCUCAAGAAUUAGAACUGGAAGACCACCAAAGUCGGCUGGAGCAGAAGCUAAGAGAAAAAAUGUCUAUGGAAGAGAGCGAAAAGGAUGAAAAAGUUCGGAAUGAGGAACGGGAAAUUUUCACCAAGAUGAUGAGAGUGAUUGAACAGAGGGACAAGCUAGUGGAUUCCUUGGAGGAGCAGAGAGUGAAAGAAAAAGCUGAAGAUCAACACUUUGAAAAUUUCAUGUUAUCUCAAGCUUAUCAACUCAGCAGAUCAUGAAGAAUGCUGGAUACAUGCAUCCCUAUCGCCUGUGGGAGCUCGAGGGGAUCAGAAAAAGAAUAUGUUGCCUGAUGACUGGGGAAGCAUGAUUGGGAAAAUUCUUAGUACCAGAGCUAUAACACUAGUGGGCAACUAGGGCUAUGCCCAGGGGAUGAAAUUUAGGGGACACAGACUAUUCUACUUACAGCUCUUUCAGCAACAGAGGAAGAUCUGGAUUUAGCACUCACAGCAGCUAUAUCCUAAGGGAAGCUUUUACCUGGUGCUGCCCUGCCCCAGAAUUAGGCAAACUGGUAUCCUUGGGUAAAUAUUGUUACCCAUCACACGAAUGUUAAGCCACUGGCUCUAGGAACAAAAAUGACCAAUUACAACACAUUCUUCUGUUUUAAGUCAUAAACAGAUUAACGUACACACACACACACACACACAC